GUGGUCAUGAAGUUGGAGGUGUUCGGCCCCCGCGCGGCCCACGGGGACAAGCCGGGUAGUGACUUGGAGGGUGCCGGCGGCAGCGACGCACCAUCUCCGCUGUCCGCAGCCGGCGACGAUUCCCUGGGCUCGGACGGGGACUGCGCGGCCAACAGCCCGGCGGCGGGCGGCAGCGCCGAGGAGCUGGCGGGCGGCGGCGAGCGGAACGCAGGCUGCGGGCCAGGAGCUGAGGAGGAGGUCCCCGCAGCGGUGGCGGCGGGGCACGCGGAGGCCUGCGCAGCCGGGCCAGGUGCGGGGAGCGCGGGGGGCGGCGAGGGCGCGCGCAGCAAGCCGUACACGCGACGGCCCAAGCCCCCGUACUCGUACAUCGCGCUCAUCGCCAUGGCUAUCCGCGACUCGGCUGGAGGGCGCCUGACGCUGGCCGAAAUCAACGAGUACCUCAUGGGCAAGUUCCCCUUCUUCCGCGGAAGCUACACGGGCUGGCGCAACUCCGUGCGCCACAACCUCUCACUUAACGACUGCUUCGUCAAGGUGUUGCGCGACCCCUCGCGGCCCUGGGGCAAGGACAACUACUGGAUGCUCAACCCCAACAGCGAGUACACCUUCGCCGACGGGGUCUUUCGCCGCCGCCGCAAGCGCCUUAGCCACCGGGCGGCAGCCCCCCAACCAGGGCUUCGGCCAGAGGAGGCCGCGGCCCACCCCGCCGCUGCGCCCCCUCCGCCCGCGUCCGCCGCCCCGAUUUCUCCCCGUGCGCGCUCGCCCGCCCGCCACGAGGGGCGCGCCAGCCCUGCGGGCAAGUUUUCCAGUUCUUUCGCCAUAGACAGCAUCCUAAGCAAGCCCUUCCGCAGCCGCCGAGAUGGGGACGCAGCCCCCGGGGCGCGGCUGCCAUGGGGCGCCGCACCCUGUCCGCCGCUCCCCACAUAUCCUGCGCUCCUCCCCGAAGCCUCCGGAGGGGCCCUGCUGCCGAUGUGCGCUUACAGUGCGGUGGAGCCCUUGCUGCUGAGCGCGCGCGGAGCCGACGCACCGCCGGCCGCGCCACCCGCAGUGCCUCACCUCUUGCUUGCGCCCCUCUCUGCCUCGGCCCCCGCCAAGCCGUUUCGUGGCCCCGCGGCUGGCGGCGGCGCGCACCUGUACUGCCCCCUGCGGCUGCCCGCGGCGCUGCAGGCGUCCUCAGCCGGUGGCCCCGGCCCGCACCUGCCUUACCCAGUGGAGACGCUUCUGGCCUGAACCGCGCCGCGGAGCCCGGCAGCAGGGGUGGGAGCCAUCGGGGAGGAAGGGAACACAGGCUUGGGGUUUUUGCAUUUUCCAGCCAGACAAAAAAAAAAAAAAAAAAAAAAGACUUUAAAAGAAAAAUCUCCAUCAAACGUGCCUUAAAGCUAAAGCAUUUUUGACAGAAGUGUUUUAACUUAGUUCAGAAUGUUUUCUUUCGUGACUUUACAGAGAACUAAACCAAUUCUUAAUAAUUGUUUUAGUUUACUGACCAAGCCUGUCCCUCCUUCACUUCACAAAGACUUUGUCUAUUUUCUUACUGCCCAGGCUCUCCCUUAUUCCUAUUUUUGUAGCACCUUCCAUUGAUUUUUCCCUUAACACACACACACACACACACACACACACACACACACACACACACAUAUCAGGGAACCAUUCCAUAUGAUAAAUGAUAUGACUACUGUUUGGGGUUUAUGGGGGCCCCACUCUGCGUAAGUAUGUGGCAUUUACAGGCAUGACUGAGUGUGAGAGAGGUGUCAGAGAAUCUUCAGUCAUUUCUCUGCUAUUGACCAAUGCUUCACUGUGCCAAAAGAUAAAAAAAAAAAGGCUGGGUUUUGUAAUUAAAUUAUUUAUAUAUUUUUGAAACCUGAAUUGAAAAUGUUGCAGGCAACGGGCUACAGCUUUAUUAGUGGUUCGGUGGUCUCUAACUGUGGUCUCCUUGGGCCAAGCAAUUUCUGUAAAGGAAAAUUUAACAUUACCUAUGUGGGGUGCCAGGACCACUGCCACAUGAAAGCGAGUGUGAUUUUUAUUUUUAAUAUUAUUUUAUUUGUGUCUGUACAUAUUCGUGUAUAAAUUUUAUGAAACCCAGGCAUAGUGCUUAUUUUUAAUAAAACUUACAACUGACUUUA